AAAAGACACGAUCGUCGCUGAGGAGUGACGCAUUCUGACGUGAGACAAUGCACACUCUCUACAUAACAGCCCGGAAGUUUCUGAAGAAAUCCAUUAAGUUUUCACGUUUUUCUCAGCACCAAGCUACCUAGAACAGAUGGCGGGGUUCGAUCUCGUGCCUGUAGAUGGUGGCAGUCCAAUACACCUGCCCGAGGGGGAGACACUGCUGGGAAGGGGUCCAUUCCUUGGCGUCAGCGACAAAAGAGUCUCCAGACACCACUGCCUCCUUGAGAACCUGAAUGGGCAGCUGCGCAUCAAACCUACGCAUGUGAACCCCUGCUUUUGUCAGUCCUCGCUGGAUGACCUCCCACAACCCCUGGACAGGAACCAGUGGCAUAAACUUGGACAGGGAGACAUCAUCUCCCUCCUUCCUGGGAAGUACAUCUACAAGGUAGUGGCCCUGAGUGGAGAAGAUGGAACACCCAGAAACAGUCAGGCUCUUCAAGAUGAAGACGAGGCUGCUUUUAAAUCUCCUCCUGCCUCCCCUGAACCAAGCGACGAACCUGCUUACCCCACUCGACAGGGCAAGGGGUGGACACCAAGCUCCCAUGAACAACAAUCUAGACUGGGAGGUAGUGUGGACCAGAAGGAGCCAGAUGAACAGCUACCUAACCCACCUACCUCAAACCAGACAGAAGCUGGGGUAGCUGAAGCAGAAAAUGACAAGAACGAGCUGAAACUUGAACCAAAGAAAAGAGUGUUACCUGCUUGGAUGACUGUACCCAUUGCAUCUCCCAAGAACCCCACCACCACCACCAAAGGAUUUGGAAAUCGAGACAGAGGAAACGCAACCCCAACGACAAGCACCAACCAGGGCGCGGCCAAACGGGCCAGGUACACAGCGCCCUUGUCAGGGGAGGAAGAGUCUGAACACAGCGAGGCAGAGCCAACACCCAGGAAGAGGGUGAGGGGGAAGAAGAGUGACGAGGAUGAGGACAAUGAGGAAGAGGUCCAGUCUACAACAGCAUUUAAAGCCAGGCAGCAGGUGAAGCCUAGUAAAGUAGAGGAGAGUGAGGAGUCGGACCACUUUGACGUGGAGGAGGAUGAUGGAGAGAAGAGAAGAGGAGAAGCUUCCCCAGCGAAAGGCAGCAGCACCUCUACGAGCAGAGCGGAGGCCAGCGAGUCCGAGGACAGGGAGAGACAGCCUCAGAACGGUCAGAAGGUCAGCAAGGGGCCUCAAGGGUCAGGUGACGUUUCAGGCCCCGCCCAGUCCAAAGCUCGGCUCAGGACGACCUGCCCCUAUGGAAAGGACUGUUACAGGAAAAACCCAGUCCACUUCCAAGAAUGCAGUCACCCCGGCGAGAGCGACUACGAGGACAGUUCCGCGAAAGACGAGGAGGAAGAGGAGGACGCGGACCGACCUGAGUGUCCGUACGGCACAGACUGCUAUAGGAAAAACCCUCUCCACUGGAAGGAAUACAAACACACCAAGAAGACUCGAGCGAAAAAGCCGGUAUCAUACAACAACGAUGAUGAUGAUGAUGAGUUUGGGGACGAUGACAGCUUCAUCAAUGAUGAGAGCGAGGACAUUGGUGAAGACUCUGACUAUGAGCCACCUGACUCAGACGACGGUGGCAAAGAGGACCUCGAAACACUCAAGAGAGAAGCCAAGGCCUUCACAAGGCUGAAAUGAACUUGUGGCCUAAACUGGACUAAUCUCCCCUUACCUGUUUUAAACUAAGCGUGCUAUUUAAGCGGAGUAUACCUUUUUUCCUCUAUUUAAACACCCUUGGAAUCCAGCAGGUCUACAAUCUCGAAUAAUAUUAGUCUCCCUGUGCUGGGAAAAUACAGUCAGCAAUUUACCCCAUCAGUUGGGAAGAAUCAAUAAUGGGAUUCUUGACUGAUAUGUGUAUGAGGAUGUCAUAUUGCUGACUUUACCUUUUUUAAUUUAUGUGUGAUACACUGAUACUUUCUUGGAUAGUAAUUAAUCACAAGCAUUUUUGAAGUGUAUGAAUUCUUGGUUAUUGGUUUGUUUGAAUAGUAUGGACAAGCAGUUUAUUUUUAUUUUUUACUUUGUUUAAAAAUAAAUUUAGUCCCUACAGAAAGUAUUCACACCCCUUGACUUUUUUCACAUUUUGUUGUUACAAAGUGGGAUUAAAAUGUCCUUUUUUGGUCAAUGAUCUACACAAAAUAUUUUGUCAUUUCAAAGAAAACUGCUAGAUUUUGUAUUUAUUAAGGAAAAUAAUCGGUACAUGUUAAACAUCUUUGGGUGUGAAUUGUUUUGGGUAAGUGUCUCUAAGAGCUUUGCACACCAGGAUUGACAAUAUUUGCCCAUUAUUGUUUU